AUGGCAACCCCUAACCACACUGGUGCCAGCCACUCACUUUUCAUUCUGCGGGGCAUCCCUGGCCUGGAAGACCAGCACAUAUGGAUUUCUCUUCCCUUCUUUAUUUCCUACCUGGUUGCUGUCCUUGGGAAUAGCCUCCUUGUCUUCAUCAUCAUUACUGAACGCAGCCUCCAUGAACCCAUGUACUUCUUUCUCUGCAUGCUAGCUGUGGCUGACCUCAUCCUGUCCACUACCACUGUGCCCAAAGCCCUGGCCAUAUUCUGGUUUCAUGCUGGGGAGAUCUCCCUUGAUGGCUGUGUCACUCAAAUCUUCUUCAUCCAUGCCACCUUCAUUGCUGAAUCAGGGAUUCUGUUGGCCAUGGCAUUUGACCGCUAUGUGGCCAUCUGUGACCCACUGCGAUAUACUACACUGCUCAGUCAUGCAGUAAUCAUAAAGGUUGGUCUGGCUGUGGUCCUGAGAAGCUUCUCUGUGAUACUCCCAGAUGUGUUCCUGGUGAAGAGACUGCCUUUCUGCCAUAGCAAUGUGUUACCACAUACCUACUGUGAGCACAUGGCUGUUGCCAAGUUUGCUUGUGCUGAUAUUCGUGUCAAUGUCUGGUAUGGCUUGUCUGUUCUUCUCUCUACUGUAAUGCCAGAUGCCUUGCUCAUCUUGGUUUCGUAUACCCUCAUCCUCAAUGCAGUCUUCCACCUCCCUUCCCGAGGAGCUCGGCAAAAGGCUCUAGGCACAUGUGGCUCCCACCUUGGGGUCAUUUCCAUGUUCUAUUUGCCUGGCAUUUUUACUGUAAUUACCCAGCGGUUUGGGCAUCAUGUUCCCCUCCAUACUCACAUUCUGCUGGCCAAUAUCUGCACAUUAGCCCCUCCCAUGCUGAACCCUAUCAUUUAUGGGGUCAAGACCAGGCAGAUUCGAGAGUGCGUGGUCAGUACUCUGUCUUCACAGUAGAAACAUGUUGAGUCUGUGUGACUGAUCUGGUGGUAUGUUCACCACUAUGGUGUCUCACAUUUUGUUUCCCUAUUUUGUAGAAACUUAUUAACUAAGCGUUCUACUGACUGUGAACAAAUGGAUUUAUCAUGACUUUGAAAGAUAGAUUGUCAUGUUGCCUUUAUAAGGUAGUGUUUAGAAAAGAGCAUGAGGUUUUUUGGAUAUGAUAUCAAAAGUACAGGCAAUAAAAGCAAAAUAAACAAGCGGGACUACAUCAAACCAAAAAGCUUCUGCACAGCAAAGAAAGCACUCAACAGAACAAAUAGGCAACAUAUGGAAUGGGAGAAAAUAUUUGCAAAUCAUUAUCUGAUAAAGGGUAAAUAGCCAAAAUAUAUAAGAAAUCCAUAUAACUCAAUAACAAAACUCAAUAGUAAAGGAACAAAUAACCUGACUUAAAUAUGGGAAAAGGACCUGAAUAAACUUUUUUUUUCCAGAGAAGACAUACAAAUGGCCAACAGGUACGUGAAAAAGUUCUCAACAUCACUAAUUAUCAGGGAAAUGCAAAUCAAAGCCACAAUGAAACUUCACCUCACACCUUUUAGCAUA